UACAGAGAACAUCAUGCUGAAUUAACUGUAGCUGAAUUAAAGUACUUUGAUAUAUAUAAAAGGAGACAAACUCUACAAGAUCAGCAGUUCCAAUACACUUAUUGGUGAAUCAACUCCUGCUGUGUUAUCUCAUUGCAAGUCUUAGAUCAUGGCUACAUUACAGACUCUUGCAGCACUAACAAUCCUGGCUGUUGGAUGGAAGAUUGCAAAUGUGGGAGGUCAGCAUGGAGGUGGUCACGCGCUUUCGUUUGCCCAUUUCCAGGGUCCAGUAGUUGGACCUGAUAAACUAAUCGUGGUUAGCGGCGGUCACGGAGGCGGCGAAUCCGGAGGGGGAGGACAUGGAAGCGGUGGACAAGGAGGCGGUAGACAUGUAGCUGGAAGUGACCACGUCGAUUACGUGGGACAUCCCAAAUAUGACUUUUCGUACGGAGUUGUGGAUCACAAAACCGGAGAUAUUCACGGGCAGAAGGAAAUGCGCGAUGGACACGACGUGGUUGGAGAAUACACCGUCAGGGAACCUGGGGGUAACAUGAGAACUGUCAAAUACUAUUCUGACAAGGAUGGUUUCCACGCUGAUGUGCAUAACAGCAACGGAAAUAACCAUUCUGGAGGCGGCCACGGAGGACAAGGUGGGGGUGGCGGUGGCGGUGGCCAUGGAGGGCAUGAGGGUGGUCACGGUAGCCCUAGCAGUUAUGCUGAGCUUCAUGAAGAUGAUUAUUAAAGCUGCUGUUUUGUGUUUUGCUGGUGUCCUUUUAUUUUGGCAUUCACUGGAGCUUCAAUUGUUUUUAAUAAAAUAUUCCAUAUUAAGAACGACAAAUUAUGACGCAAAUCUGUACUCAUUUAACUUUUGUACUCUGUCUCAUUUCGCUUACGAGCAACUAUGUCUGUUUAACAAGUUAUAAAGCAUAAAAGGGUUCGUUGCUUCUUGAUGUAUAAACGUUG